UUUCAAAAGUGUACUUUUUCUGUUUUCUUGGAAUUAUUAUUUGAUGCCCAGAAGAAGUACGAGGACCAUCAAAAGUGUCAACAAAAAGACUAUGGUGAAUAAGUCCAUUCUAAUCUAAGAUGGGUCUAUCUAGCGUUGAGGCAAUAGACGCAAAAGAAAUGGACUACCGAAGUUUAUCAUCCUCGGAGCACCAACAACCACCAUAUAUGCACAAGGUUGGAGUCCCACCGAAACAGAACCUAUUCGAUGAAUUUAAGACUACUGUAAAGGAAACAUUGUUUUCAGAUGAUCCUCUACGCCCCUUUAAGGAUCAACCAAGGUCUCGGAAGUUUAUCCUUGGUUUGCAGGCUGUAUUUCCCAUACUAGAUUGGGGUAAAAGCUAUAAUGUUUCCAAAUUCAGAGGUGAUGUUAUUGCUGGUCUGACUAUUGCAAGUCUCUGCAUUCCUCAGGACAUUGGAUAUGCAAAACUCGCAAACUUAGCUCCUCAGUAUGGGCUAUACUCCAGCUUCGUUCCACCUUUGGUUUAUUCCUUCAUGGGUAGCUCGAGAGAUAUAGCGAUAGGACCUGUUGCUGUUGUAUCACUUUUGCUAGGGUCUCUCCUAAGCAGUGAAAUCGAUCCAACGACAAAUCCAAUUGAAUACCGGAGGCUUGCAUUUACAGCUACCUUUUUUGCUGGCAUUACCCAAGCUACUCUUGGAAUCCUAAGAUUGGGAUUUUUAAUAGACUUCCUAUCACAUGCUGCUAUUGUUGGUUUCAUGGGUGGAGCGGCCAUUACAAUUGCGCUCCAGCAACUUAAAGGUUUUCUGGGAAUCAAGAAGUUUACUAAGGAAACUGAUAUCAUUUCGGUGAUGAAAUCAGUAUGCCGUUCAGCCCAGCAUGGAUGGAACUGGCCAACGAUUCUCAUUGGAGCAAUCUUUUUAACUUUACUUUUGUUCGCGAAGUACGCUGGAAAGAAGAACAAAAAGCUCUUUUGGAUACCUGCAAUUGCUCCUCUGAUCUCUGUCAUUCUUUCCACCUUCUUGGUCUACAUAACCCAUGCUGAAAAACAAGGAGUCGAGAUUGUGAGACACAUUGAGAAAGGAAUCAAUCCUCCUUCGGUCAAGGAAAUAUAUUUCACCGGUGAUUAUCUCCUAAAAGGAGUUAGGAUUGGUAUUGUAGCUGGAAUGAUUGCAUUGACGGAAGCUGUUGCAAUUGGAAGAUCAUUUGCUGCAAAGAAGGACUAUCAGUUGGAUGGAAACAAAGAAAUGGUGGCACUUGGGACAAUGAAUGUCGUCGGCUCCAUGACAUCAUGCUAUGUGACAACAGGUUCCUUCUCUCGUUCAGCAGUAAAUUACAUGGCUGGCUGCCAAACUGCAGUUUCCAACAUUGUCAUGUCUAUUGUUGUGGUCCUGACAUUGUUGUUCAUAACCCCUCUUUUUGAGUACACUCCGAAUGCAAUCCUUUCUGCCAUCAUUAUCUCUGCUGUCAUUGGAUUGGUAGACUAUGAAGCAACGAUUUUGAUUUGGAAGAUCGACAAAUUUGAUUUUGUUGCUUGCAUGGGAGCAUUUUUCGGUGUGGUUUUCGCCUCUGUUGAGAUAGGUCUUAUAAUUGCUGUCUCAAUAUCAUUUGCUAAGAUUCUCCUCCAAGUCACAAGGCCACGAACAGCUCUUCUUGGCAAGAUCCCUAGGACAAAUGUAUAUAGGAACAUUCAACAAUACCCCGAGGCAACACAAGUUCCCGGUGUACUAAUAGUGAGAGUUGAUUCUGCUAUCUACUUUUCAAAUUCUAACUACAUGAGAGAGAGGAUAUUGAGAUGGCUAACGGAUGAAGACGAGCAACUAGAAUCAGUUAACCAACCUAAAAUUCAGUUCUUGAUAGUUGACAUGUCGCCUGUGACUGACAUUGACACUAGCGGUAUCCAUGCCUUUGAAGAGUUGCACAGAAGCCUACAUAAGAGAGAAGUUCAGCUAGUUCUCUCGAAUCCUGGAAGAGUAGUGAUUGACAAGCUGCAUGCAUCUGAUUUCAUGAGUCAAAUUGGCGAGGACAAGAUCUUUCUCACUGUAGGAGAUGCUGUCCUGACCUGUUCCGCAAAGUCCCCUGCAGAAGUAGUCUGAAGUUGUAACGUGUAAAUGCAAGCUAUGCUUGGAUGUCCAGGCAUUACAUGGCCGAGAG